AUGGCAGCGGCCGCCGCUCACCAGGGGGUCUCGGAUGUCUACCAAAGCGCAGUCUAUCAACCAAAUGCACUCUCCAACUUCUUUGAGCAAAUCAUGGUCACACAAUUGGAUUUUCUUGCAACCGAAUACCUGCACCCACCCCCUGAUCUUACUACAUGGUUACCUGAGACGGAUUGGUUCGGCGAGAUCGAUCUAUUCGGGGCUGAUUUUGUGCCAGCCAUUGAUGAGACGUUCAAUACACCAUCGACAGACGCCGGCCGCGCCGGCCCAGUGACUACGCCAGGCGGCACAAUCCUCAACGAGGCUCGAGCAACCAAUACUGGAGACGCAGUUAGACGACGCCACGCUGUUUUCAGGCAGUCGCCAUGGUUCUGGGUACCAGAGCGUAACCAGAAUGCCUUUAGUGAGCAAGAGGGCUUCACUCUUGACGAGCGACAAGUAGACCUUGCUCUUUCUCCACACCAACCACACGCGUCCAAGGUCAUCAUCCCCGGCCACUUGUCGCAGCAAAUUCGGGAUCGCAUUCUUCAACUUGUUCUAAAAACAGCCCCCAGUCAAGUAUCCAUAUCUUCAUUUCCAUCAGCAGACUGCCUUGACAAGCUCGUCAAAGUCGGUAUAGCCAAACGAAUCGAAGGAGAUGCAUGGAUACACCCGUAUACGUUCGAUGCAGACUCUGCGAGACCAGAGUUUAUGACGGCACUUGUAGUAGCGGGUUGUAUCUGCUUUGGUAUACCGUCAGUAAACAAAACAGGUCUAGUUCUUCAGGAAAUUGUGCGAGACUCUCUGAGAGAGCUUGCCGAGCGUGAUAACAGUGUCAUGCGGGAUUUGCAGUAUCUUCAGGCCUCCAUGCUCUGGCUGAACAUAGGGGCAUUUUGUGGCUUUCGACGUAAGAUGCAGCUGGCUGAAAGCUCUUUGCAGGUGCUCGUCACGUCGCUACGCCGUGCAGGAAGAUUUGACGACGUCCGAUAUCCCACCAUCACGCCUGAAACAAACGACGACUUUGAUACGGUAGAGAAGAAAUGGCGUCAAUGGAUCGAACUUGAAGCCUAUAAGAGAUUAGUCUAUCACCUUUUCGAGCACGACAUAUAUAUGACAAUGGUCAACUACCGGCAGCCGCUACUAUCUUAUGCAGAGCUAACACUACCCCUACCUGCAUCAGAACCACUAUGGCUCGCACCGUCAGCUGCAGUUUGGAAGGCACGCAUAAUGUCUGGGACGCUUCCCAGUUUUCGUCCCUCGAUGCGUUCAAUUCUCCAGGACGCAGACUCAAUAUCAUGUCUGCAUGCCGGCUUUGAUCCACGCGUUGCAAGAUCAGCGUAUACCCAUGGAUUAGCGUCGCAAAUUUGGGAACAUCGCCAGCAAACUGUGCUCCUUCACGAGAUGAGUGAUCCUUCUUCCCAGCUAUGGUCCAGAUCUCGGCAAAAAAGAUUGCAAGACUGUCUUCGCAACGUGGAAAUGGGUUUGAAUAGCUCCUCUGCAUUGACAUGCGUUCUUCAGCAGUUCUUGCAGAUGUAUCUACAUGCUGACCUUGAUACUAUUACUCGGUUCGCUGGUCGGUGCGGCGAGGAAGCCGCACAUCGUGCAUACAUCGCAUUGCAACCAUGGUGCAAAUCUAGGGAAGCUCGCACAGCAAUAGCCUAUGCUGGCCAGGUCCUACAUUCUGCACGCGCAAUUCAACCUUAUCAAAAUCGCGGUCAAGACUCUUUCAUCAUAUAUCAUUCGAUUAUGGUCAUCUGGACUUAUAGUAUGAUGACAAGCGACCAAGAACGCAAAACUGGUUUCAGCACACCCGUUCACCCGGCCGCUGUCACAACAACGGACGACACAGCAACAUUCGUGUUCUUGGAUGAUGCGCGGUCUUCCAAUCAGACUGCCGUGGAUUCAUUUAUCGUGAUGAACACCGGAACGCCAUGUCUUAGAAUGUCUGGUAAGGGCGAAGGAGGCGUCGAAAAAACAGAUGUUUGCAAUCUCAAAUUUCCGUGGCAGGUUAUGCAAGCAGGUGUGGCGCUUCUUGAUGGAACGCAUCCCGAUGUAGACAGGGAAACCGGGCCACCAUUGCUUCGUGCUCUUUGUGGGUUGAUGGAGGAGCUGGGCGGGCUGCGGUCAGCUUGA